AUGUCUGAUGAUGCGGAUUUUAACAAUUAUGCGCCAUACGAAUUUAGGACUGAAUUCAUGCAUUAUGUUAGAAUGAAUGACACUAUCAAAGCCAAAGUUUCUCAAAUUGAAAUCCAUACGGGAAUUCGAUAUGCCAUUAAAUGCGAGAACAUGGAGGUGUUGAUAACAUUAAUGGACUACAUUACUGAUCCGAACUCCGAUUCGGGUUAUCCUAUCCCACUUUUGCACUUGCCCAUUUAUUACGCGAAUUUAACCAUUUUGAAAAUUUUACUUGAUUCCGGACUGAAUACCAAUGUUCGCGAUAGAGAGGGUUACACAGCCCUAAUGAUUGCUGCCAAAUAUGGACUUUUUGACUUCGUACAUACACUCAUGUAUGCUGGCGCAGAUCCGGAACUAUAUCGAGAAGGAUCUAUGAAUGCCUUGUCUUUGGCUGCAUCAAACGAACACUAUUCCAUCGUACACUAUCUGACUGGAGGUUAA